GGUGAAGGUGGAGGAGUCGAAAUCGGAAAUUUGAUCAGACCGCCAACAAAGCCAAUAAAAAUGCGAGACCAUUUGCACAGAUUCGUCAUAUGAAGUUGGACAUUUAAAGAGAAAGCAUCAUUAAGCCAUCAUGGAAUGAAACAACACAGACAAGGAUAAUGUGAACUGAACUGGAUAAUAAUGGAAAAGGCAUACAGGAUAAUAAUAUAUAGCUCUAUGAAAUAUUUAAUAAUCAUUUUGGCAUUUUUAAAUGUCUGCCAAGCGAAACCUGGAGGACACAGUGGCGAAAGGGUUCACAUCCGACUCCAUAUGCCGGAAGUUGUGCGUCAGCAUACACCUUUCCAUAAGGUGUAUAAGUAUGCAAAGAAAUUGCCACCUCCGCCACCGCCGGCGCCAACUCAUCCUAUCAUAGGAAAACCUCACGUAUCCCUGCUGGGUUAUACAACAGCAGCGGCGUCUCCGACGUCGUCAUCACCGUCUGGUUCCCCUGGAAGUGUCAGCGGUAUGGGUAUGCUAUCGCCAAGUAUAAUGCAUUUGAUGGCCAACACGCCCACAAUAACGCCCACACUGAUGCCCAACUAUGGACCAGCAUUGUUUGAUAAUUUCAAUCAGGACUUUAAGGAAUCAGCAACAACUUCAACUACAAUGCGUACACCAACCGCAGCAUUAGGCUACACUGCCCCAUCGUCUGUCUCAUCUCUUUCAUCGCCGGGCACUUCGUCUGCAAAGCAAAAAUUGCUGGAACAAAUCUUCACACCAAAUCUUAUGGCCGCCAUCAAAGCAGCUGCUGCUGUCCAGGAGAUGAAUAUAAACGAUGAUCCAGAGGAAACCAGAGAGUCAUUGGAAAAGAAUUCCCUAUUAAAUCAGAAUUUCCUAGAUGCACUGCAACGCGAGUAUCUAUCGAAAUUUGGUGGUCGGCGCAAACGCAAGAAAAGUCAUACCAAAAGCUAUUAUCAUCAGCCUAGACCAAGUCAAUACUACAAUAUCCAGAAUCAGGAUAUAAGCGGUGAUGAUGAUUUGAGUGAAAAUUUCGAAGAUUAUCCCGAAGAACAAUAUGAAGAAAUGAUACCGCAGUCACAAAAAACGUAUUCAAAUGACGAUUGGAAUUAUUAUCGUGAAACGGAACCGGACACGGAUUUGGAAGAUGGCAAUGCCUAUGAUAGUGCUGUAGCAUUUAGUGGUCAGGAUAAUAUGCUCUCAUCUAUGCCCACAGUAGAUGAGUUUCUUGAUGAAUCCUCCACUUCUGGUGGCAACAAGCCCUUCUAUGGUGAUCUUUAUGAUUCAUAUGCCUCAACCGAGUUAACUGGCCCCACAUCCCCAACUUCAUCAUCCUCAAAUAUAAUGUGGUCCCAGCAUUCUCCUACUUCUUGGGGCAAUAGUAGUACUAGACCCUACAGGACAUCGCCACCAAGCAGAUCACGUUAUCGGCCUAAAUCGAAAGUAAGAUACGUUAAGAUCCCAGUAAGCACAACGACCACAACUCGAAAGAAACGUAAGAAUCGCUUUAAAAGAUAUCGUAUCUAA